AUGACAAACCAACAGGGGAGCGGCCCGGCGGCGCCGGAAUGCACCCCUGACACCACCCCCUCCAUGGAGGCAUGGGAAGCAGCCCCAUACCCAACGGAAGCACACUGGCGCCGGCAGAGCCCACCAAUGGGGGGGACCCCAGAACCGCACCAUCAGGGCCAUGGCCCCAAAAGGCGGGAGCGAGCGGCGGCAAGGACGGGGGGCAAAGGAGCCACCGCAACUGAAUCCAAAACAUGGGCAAGGACCAUCGAGCCAUACGAGGGCGGGACCCAGCCCCCGUAUGAGAGGCAAGGCCCAAUCCCUGGGGCCAGUAAGCACGAGGCCCCACGACACCCAAGCCCCCCAGUGCAGCCAGCUGAACCCCUCCAAACUCCCCCGCAAGCCCCCAACCCACCCCCCACCACGGGCCCCACCCCAAACACCAAAGCCCAAGACCAGGAGACCGCCCAAGCGAGAGCGGGGCACCAUCUCACGGAGACCCCGGGCCCCACAGUCCCAGAGCCCAACCCCAAGCAGCAGGUGGAAGGAGAGAUGUUGCACAGGGAGCGGGCCACAUACACCAGCCCCACCGGGCCCCAGCCCAACCCCAGAUCCGACGGAGGAGCCAGGAAACCACAAGACGGGGGGAGGCAGGCAGCCCCAGAGGAGCACCAGAGGCCCAGGGAGUAA